UCAGGGCUGUCUGACGGGUGACAUGCGCGCAGGAGCUCUAGUGCGUAAACCUCUCCGCCGCGCAUGCGCGAGCGAUAACAAUGAGCAGUCGUUCCUGGCUGACCGCGUCUUCCCUUCACCACGUGACCGAGCUCUAUAUAGGGAGGAGCGCUGACGCUGCUGCUUUACUUGUCUGGUAGCUCCGUCGAACGAGACGCUGUUUAAAAAUGGCGUCAACGAGUCGUGUGGAGCCGAAAGUGACCUGUCCGAAUCACCCAGAUGCCAUUUUGGUAGAAGAUUACAGAGCGGGGGACAUGAUCUGCUCAGAAUGUGGAUUAGUUGUAGGUGACAGAGUUAUUGAUGUCGGCUCUGAAUGGAGAACUUUUAGCAAUGACAAAGCCACCAAAGAUCCAUCUCGAGUUGGAGACACCCAGAAUCCUCUUCUAAGUGGUGGAGACCUGACUACAAUGAUUGGGAAGGGAACUGGAUCAGCGAGUUUCGAUGAAUUUGGAAAUUCUAAAUACCAGAACCGAAGGACGAUGAGCAGCUCGGACCGAGCCAUGAUGUAACGCGUUUAAGGAAAUUUCUAAUAUGUCGGACAGAAUAGACCUCCCACGUAAUAUCAUCGUAAGUCGGCAUCUUAUCAA